UCCUUCUUUCUUGUUUCCUUUCUCCCCCCUAGGACUGCAGCACAGCUCAGUGUUUGCGUCUGAAGUGUCAGGUGGGUCGUUUGGAGAGGAGGAAGAACGCCAUCCUCUUCAUCUACUCCAGACUCGCCGUCAACAACUUCCUGCGGACUGAGAAUCAGAAUCGAUCAUACAUGGUUCGAUCCACGGCGACCUUCAACGUCAUCCAGAUGCCGUACAAGAACCUGGUGUCAGAGCUGCCGUCCAACAGCACCACCGUGAGUCUGUCGGUGACAUGGGUAAUGGAGGUCCACACCUCGGUGCCCGGCUGGGUGGUGGCGCUGGCGGUUCUGGCGGGUCUUCUGCUCCUGGCGCUCCUCAUCUUCAUCAUGUACAAGCUGGGUUUCUUUAAGCGAGUGCGACCCCCCCAGGAGGAUUGCACUGAGAAGGAGCAGCUGCAGCCGGAGGAGAACGGCAACACGGACGCCUAGAGGUCAAAGGUCGUCCUUUCAGGUUUCACUGUAUUCACUGUCCAGGGGCAGAAAAACGGUACUGGAGUUUUUUUUAAUUAGUAAUCAUGUUGUGUUUGUGCCAAAAGACAAAUGGAACUAAAGCUAGCUGCCUGUUAGCCUAGCUUAGCAUACAGACUGGAAACAGCUAGCCUGGCUCUGUGCAGUUGACCUUAAUAUCUUGAUAAUAAUCAUGAUGUUGAAGCGGUAAUUGUUCUUUUACAGAGGGUUGUGUAUUUACCGUUGUUUUAUUUGGGUUUUUGCAAGCAUUAAAUAAUUAAUGUAUGAGUUUAAGAAGUGCUGGAUCAGUCAGAGGCUAGCUGUUUCCCAUUGUUUACAGUCUUUAUGCUAAGCUAACUAGCAGUUGGAAAGAGUAGUUUCCAAACUGUCCACCUUCUCCCUUUGACUGAAGUCUCUGAACGCAUCAUGGGUCAAAAGUUGUUGUUUUCCAACGUAUUCUGCAGAGUGUGUGGCCUGAUAUUUAAUUUGCACAUUUUCUGACCCCGGAAAGAUGAAACUGUAGGCGCUCGUUGCCCAGAAAGUCCAGAACUGCUGAUAGGCCAUUUGUUUUUUAACCCCGAUCAACAACACUGUUUUGUGAAAUGAUUGGAGCCUGUAGUGAAGCUGUGCUAGUUUUUAAAGUACGUUAGCUGUGAAGCUAUUUAAUAAAAGCUCUAAAAUAAAAGCUCUAGAAUUAAUUAAGAGGACACCUUUUGUUUAUAAGUCAAUAAUCAACAUUAAAUCGUCGCUGUUCCAAUGCAAUAUUUUUGUACGUUUACGGAAACAACGUUACUUAAAAUGAGGAUAAUGUUAUUAAAAAUACAAAUGAGUGUUGACCCGAGGAAUGUGGUCGUGGCCUUUAUUCUCAUAAGAUAAUGAGAACAUUAGUGAAGUUUAAAAUAUAUUUUGAGACAGCAAUAUGAUGAUGCGUUAGCAAUAAAUAAAAUGGAUAGCGCCGGAUUAGCGCUCUAUUUUUGGAUAAAGAUGGUUCAGUUUGCUAUGGUGUGAUAUGGAUAAGGAGUGUUACAUUAAUAUAUUUCCCCUGAUAUAUUACUUUACUUUGUGUGUUUUUUUUUGGGGGGGGGGGGGGUGUGAUUUGUGUCAAUACUGCUCUGCUUUGGGGAUCUGGUUUUGUGUCUUUUCAGUAUUUUAUUUUAUGUAUUUUUUCUAAAAAACCCUUGCUGAUGAUAAUUAAAUUGAGUCCAGCUCAUUUCAA